GGUAGCAGGUGCCGAAACGCCCCCAGAGAACCUCGCUGAAAACGCGGCCAUGCCGAGCGGUGACACUCUGCAGCCGGACUGCCGCCUGGUCUCAUCCGUCUUUAGCGCUUCACAGAGCGGUCGGAUGCCAUGAGAUUUCCCACAGGCCCUCACUGGCUCCAUGCUGUGAGUAAAACCGUGGUCAAGAGGGGAUAACCAACGGCGGAUAAUGACGUGAUGAUUCCGGUUGUAGAGCCAGCACAGGGGGGCUCCGGGCACCUUUAAUGACCGGUGCUGGAGAGGAAAUCACUGGACUUUAUUGUCUGUGGAGCCGCGUAACACCGGACCGACAGCGGUGCAAAUAAGAAGAAGGGAAGAAAAGAAAAGAAACGUCUCUCUAACAGGUUGCUGAGACAUUCAGUCCGAAAAGGCAUUAGAAACCUUUGCUGGACGGUUUGAUGGAGAGCUGGUCGGAUGUCAGCGGGAACUAUUGUCAUAACCGGAGGAAUACUUGCCGGAGUGAUACUGCUGUGCAUUGUAGCAGUUCUCUGUUACUGUAGACUCCAGUAUUACUGCUGUAAGAAAAAUGAUUCUGAGGUGGACGUGGCCUCCAUGGCAGGACCGGAUCCUCUCGCUCACUUUCCAUGCAACGCCUGCAACGCCCUCGCCAUGGACGGCACUGCCAUCACCCCCGUCUCUCUGGAUCAGCUGGAUUCGGGUUCUCACCACUGCCCCAGCUGUUCACCGUACACCCUGCGCUCGGGACUCACAGACGACAUGCGUAACGGAGGGGAGCGUCUCGGCUUCCAUACUUACUACGAGAACCCGUCUGUAUCUCUUCCCCUGUCGGUUCACCCUCAGAGCUCCUCCCCUCUGAGCUACUGCAGUCCCUCGGACACGUUUCCUCCCCCGCCGCGCUCCUACAGCACUGACGUCUGACCUUUGCUUCACUGUACAGGCACACACACACACACACACCUACAGCGUCUAGCACAUGCCCAUAUUACUGUACAUGCCCACAUAAUUUGAAGGGAAGUGACCCAUAAACUAAGCCUACUGAUAGAGCCCCAUGGUGGGUGACAAAUCUGGGCAUGAUCUGCAGCAGGGAAAUAUUACAUAAAAUUGGCCACAUUACUCUUUAAAAAAACUCAUAUUUUAAUCUUAGUACGACUUUUACUUAAACAAAAGCUAUAAAAUGUAUAAGUACCAUUACAGUUAGCAUCUCAUUGAGCCCGGUCACACAUGAUAGUGUUUUUAGUAAAUGGCUCAAAGGUUGGAGCUAGUCUACACACUCUAUAAAUGCAUCUGGGGCAAUGAAGUCAUUCAGGUUACAUAUGAUCAGGGACACAUAACAAAGCUUUUAGUACAGAGUAAGCUCAGACAGUCCCCAGGUAGAAAAACAGGCGAGGUUUUGGGGCGUUAAAGUCAUUUAGGCUACGUUCACACUGCAGGUCUUAAUGCUCAAUUCCGAUUUUUUGAUCAAAUCCGAUUU